AGGGGACGACUUUCAGUUGGCCCCCGACUUCAGCAGAAGGCGGGAGUCGUGAACGCCCUAUCACCCCCUCACUACUGCCGCUGUCGUUGCUCCUCCCUCUUCUCCUUUCCCCCGAAGCAACCCAUCAGGAGUCCACGUAACCCUAGACCGCCCGUGAUCAUGGAGGUGCUACGGGAAUACAUCAGCAGGGUCAGCGAUGCGGUGGAGGAGGCGGCGGAGGGCGUGGAGGCGUGGGUACUGGUGGUGCUGACGGCGGGAGUCACGCUGGGCUCCAUCACGCUGCUGGACCUGUACCGCGCAAGGCAAGACGUGUACCAGUCAGUCCGGCAGUGGGUGUUCCUAAUGGUCCGUCGCAUCCCCGCCGUCAGGAGAGAGAUCUCGCGCCAACUUGAUCAGACGCGGAGUGAGAUCGAGAAUAAGAUGUUCAACACAGAUACCGGGGGCCUGCCGCCGAUGCACGCACUGCCCCGCGUCGGCUGGACCGGGGAGGAGGUGGUCGCCGCCGCCACGAAGGUGCUCGGCGCUGGAAAGUACGACUGGAAGCAAGGCCGCAUAUCUGGAGGGGCGUUUAGCGGGACGAAGGAUGCCCUGACGAAGCUACUGACGGAGGUGUACGGCCGCUACGCUCUCUCCAACCCCCUGCACAGCGACAUCUUCCCCGGGGUGCGCAAAAUGGAGGCUGAGAUUGUGAAGAUGACCCUUGACCUCUUCCACGGCGAUAAGGAGGCUUGUGGCUGCAUGACGACGGGCGGGUCUGAGAGUCUCCUGCUGGCGGUGAAGGCGGCGCGGGACUGGUGCAGGGAGGAGAAAGGCAUCACGCGGCCGGAGAUGGUCCUCUGCUACACGGGCCACGCAGGGUUCGAUAAGGCCGCCAGUAUUCUCGCCAUCAAGCUGCGUAAGGUGGCGAUGGAUCCAGUGACGGGCAAGGUUGAUCUGCGGGCCAUGCGACGGGCCAUCACCUCGAACACUGUGAUGUUGGUAGCCUCGGCGCCGAACUUCCCCCACGGCAUCAUCGACGACGUGGAGGCCGUGGGGGCGCUGGGGCAGGCGUGGAACAUCCCGGUGCACGUGGACUGCUGUAUGGGCGGCUUCCUCCUGCCCUUCAUGGAGGCCGCAGGAUACCCACCGCCGCCCUUCGACUUCCGCGUCCCCGGCGUCACGAGCAUCUCCGCCGACACUCACAAGUACGGCCAGGCGCCCAAGGGGUCCAGCGUGCUUAUGUACCGCAGCCCCGAGUUCCUCCACCACCAGUACUUCGUGACGCCCAACUGGCCAGGCGGCAUCUACGCCACCUCAGGAGUGCCGGGCUCGAGGGCAGGCGGGCUGGUGGCGGUGUGCUGGGCGGUGAUGCUUUACAUCGGCCUGGAGGGCUACACUACGGCCACCAGGGACAUCAUCGCCACCGCCAGGAAGCUGAAGGAUCAGCUGAGACAGGUGCCCGAGGUGGAGCUCUUCGGCGACCCCCUCACCUCCAUAGUCGCCUUCCGCACCAACGGCGUGAACAUCCUCACCGUCGGGGACAUCCUCACCUCCCGGGGCUGGCACCUCACCUUCCUGCAGUGUCCGCCAGGCCUGCACCUCUGCCUGACCAGCCUGCAGACCCGGGAAGGACUCGUGGAGGAGCUCGUCAGCGACCUGCGGAAGGCGAUUGAGGACGUUCGGGUCAAUCCUACGCCCGUGGAAGGCCUCGGAAAGGUGUAUGGCACAGCGGCAGGCAUCCCGGACAAGUCACUGCUGGGCGACACUGCCAAAAUGUUCCUCGGCUGCUACUACGACACCCUGAGCAAACCCAUUCAGACCAACGGCGUCCACCCGCCAGCUCCCGCGAAGUGACGGAGGAGCCUCUUGUCACGCUUAUUGGCCACCCCGGCCCCCCCCCCCCCCCCCCGCCCACUCACCAUUUCGGCACUUCCCCUUUCUCUCUACCCACUCUUGACUCACCGCUUCCAGAUACUCGCUUUCACCUACUCACGCCCUCCUCAGGUACCUUGGGAAUUUAAUUUAUAUCCGCAUUUUCAAGCAUUUCAGGGCUUACACACCCACAUGUGAGAAUGGUUUAGUAAGGGUUGUGUUUAAAUUUCCAGCUGUAUUUGUAUGAGUUUAGUGAUAGUGUAAUAAGGGUUCUGCACCAUGAAUAUGAAAACACUCGACUGAUCUCUUUGUGGACUUUGAGAAUAGUUGUGAGAGUCCAAAGCGUCUGAGAAUUCCAGGCUAUGAAUAUGUGUGUCUAAUGGCCUGUUGUGGCACGCUCUCGUUUCCCCUGUAGACAUACGCCAUGAUGUGCCUUCAGGGUCGUAUUGGUAGGACUCAUGAUUGCUCGUACAUCUUCUAUUAUAAAAUCCAUACUGAAUGAAAAGAUGAUUAAUAAAAUACAAAUAUUC